AAACAAAGCUGUUGACAGAAAAAAAAAGAUCAGCCUUCUCACAAGCACUAUUUACAGUUACAAAAAAAAAGACGAAAUCAAAUCAAAAAGAGAUUAUGGAGCGAUCAAGCGAUCCCCAUCAUUCCACCGCCGAUCUUCUCUCUUGGCCCCAGAUCCACCACUCCUCCGCUGCUAAUCCCUCCAACCAGCCGUCUGAUGACAUCGGCGACGUCCUUGGCCGUGGUGGCAGAACCACCAACAAGGAAGCCGAAUCGCUUAAUAAGAAUGUUUCAUACAGGAAGAACUGUUCUGGCCACAAGCUAAAAGAGAUGAAUGGUAGUGAUAUCUUCUCUGAUAAUGGUAACGUAACCAACGGUGAUCCAACUCACACUUCAAGAAUCCAUUACCAUCAUGAUCAGGAUAGUCAGAUAUCUUUCUGCGGCGAAGAGAACAGCGUUGCUGCGACUCCUAAGAAACCAACAACCUCUUCAGCCGAGGCUGCAAAGCUUAAGGAGUUGGGCAGGUCUGUCCAAACACAGGCCGACUCCAAGAGCAAAAAGAAGCAGUUAUCGAACUCCAAGACCAAAGCAAUCACUGGUCGCGACAUUUUUGCAUCUCCUCCUCCUCCUGAAACCCAAGUAGCUGCAACAAAACAGCAAGUUAAAGGAAACAAGAACUUGGAGGAAUCUGCUAAAGCCUCCAAUGGGCAAAGCCGUAACACUGAAGAACAUGUUGUGAAGUCAUCAAGGAAGAUACACAACAACCCCAAGUUUCAGCAACUCACGAGCAACGGUAUCUUCGAAUCUGAUAAGAUCCCUCCUGGGUAUUCAGAGAAGAUGCAUAGCUCAGCUAAAUCGCGGGAGAUGAGGGGAAACAAUAUAUUUGCAGACGGCAAGUCCGAGUAUCGGGAUUACUAUGGUGGAGCGAGGAGGCCUCCGGGUGGUGAGAGCAGCCUUUCCUUGGUCUAAAAUGAGUUCAAGUUUUAGGUUUCGUAGGGUUUGGUUUUCCUAAAGAUGCUGUGACCAAAGUGGUUUGUUGUUCGUGUGGUCUGUUGACGAUGGUCUCAUUUUAUAAUAUAAAUCGUACGUCUUUUGUAGUUCAUAAUAUUUCGGACAUGA